CAGCAGAAGUACGUAAUCUGGACUCGAACUGCCGUCUGCAUACUCAUUGCUCCAAUCUCCGUUCUCGGUGCUAUCGGUAACAUCAUCAACAUUAAAACUUUCACACGUCUUGGCAUCUCAGACGGCAUGAUCAUGUCCCUUGUAUCCUUGGCAGUGUUCGAUCUCUUGUUUCUCAUCUCUGCGUGCAUUAAUACCACCAUCGUGAUGCUUCACUGUGUUGAGGAACUCUCCAACUUCAAAGUCUGGUUGCCCAAUGAUCCGGUGGUCGCCUUCUCGGUUUUCACAAGCCUCGGAAGUGGCCUCUACGCCAACUCAAUGCUAGUGACGACGUUCAUCACCGUGAUCCGAUGUCUGGCAGUUGCCCAUCCAUCAAAAUACAGAAAUUUGCUUUCAUGGCAAACCACAGUCAAGAUCAUAUCAAUGUUUACCGUUCUGUCUCUCACUUCCUCUAUUUUGUUGCUAGUGUUUGUGGAAAUUCCACCAAAAUUUGACUCUAAUGCGAACACUAUAAGACGAUCUUUGUUGGUCUUUCCAGAAAGAACGUUGAUGAAAGACAUAAUUUAUGGAACAAGAGACGUAUUUUUACCACUGGCCUCUCAAAUAAUAUUCGGCAUUUGUGUCGUCAUUAUGGCCAGGUACCCCAGAAGCGCUUCUCAAUUUCGUUUAAAGCUAUCAAAGAGUUUAAGUAAGAACGACAAUUCUGUAAUCAAAGAUGACGUAAGGGAUAAAAAAGCUUUGACCGACGAAUCUCAUUCAGCCAAUCUAUUCGGAAAGGAACUUCAAGCAGUUCAACAAAUGCUGCUCAUAGCCGUAGUCUACAGUCUGUGCAACAUGCCGAAAGUUGUAUCAAUAUGACACAAAUUAUUAUGUCUGACUUCUAUAUGGACCGGCGAUACAGUGCUGUGUAUUUGACAAGCAAUAUUAUUAGAGAACUAAUUCAAUCGGUGAAUGCCAGCGUGACCAUUUUCAUAUACUGGAAAUAUAAUUCAAAGUUUCGG